AUGAGUCCCCACUCGCAGACCAGCACGACGACAGGGCAACGUCGCUCAUCUGGCAAACCCGGCCGCUUUGAUCCUUCGAUGCCACUGCACAUGACCACAAGACGUGCUGCACAGAAGCUGCCAUCACAAGGCUCCGAUUCCUUCGAUGGUUCUAUAGAUGAAAGCGAAAGUCGGAGAGGCUCUUUCAACGAUAUACGUCCAACAACAUCACACAGUCUUGGCAGCCAGACGCCGGCAGCGUCAAGACGAGUGUCUGGUUCUUCUACCCACGAUGCUUCUGAAAUUAAUGUAUCAUUCGAGUCGCAGUCAUCGCCGAGCAAGAAGUCGGGGCGAUUUCGAUCAGAUCCUUUCUCGCCAACUGUCGCAGCCACAUCACCAUCCCGGAAAAGGAAGAGGACAACGCCAACGCCUCCAGGUACACCGAGCGGUAGCGGUGAUGGGGAAAUGCUUACCGGAAACGACGUCGCGGACCGCCAUCCCCUCGACGUAGUCGAAGUGAUACCGAUGGAUCAACUCUCCGACAGAGAAGAAUCCCGCGAGAGUUCGCCAUCGGAUGAUGAGCUUGCUGCAGACUAUGGUGGCAUUGCACAGUCGACAGAACUCACACCAGCAGCAACGCCGCUAGGGUCUCAGCCAGUCUCUCCAAUCUCCGAAACAUCAAUGCAAGAUAUUGUGUUUCCUGCCAAGGUCGUUGAGCCAGUAACUGCCAAAGUGACAAAGGCUGCUGCGAUCGUGGAAGAAGCAGAGGACCUCGAUGAUGCUGAAGAUCUAGCAGAAGCCGACGAAAUCGAAGAGGGCGACGAUGUGGAUGAGGAUCAUGCCACGCUUGGCCCCCGUCGACGUAUAGCCGGCAGGCGACGCGCAGACCACCCAGAUGCGAGGGUCGAAGCGACUUUGCGGCGGCAACUGCAUAUCAAAUCUGCUUUUCGAGCUAUCACUCGUUCGUUGAAGCCAAUUCUGGCUGAGAUCGCGCUCAAGACCACGGAGCAGCUUGAUGCCGAUCCCCAUCUGCACGAGCAGGUUCCUGAAUACCAGGGUACAGAGGAGUGCGACGGCGUGCAGAAGCAGCUUGACGAUAUCCUUGCUAGGCGUAAAGCUCAAAUCGAGGCGCAGUACAAAUGGAACAAGCAGAACCUACGGAAGACACUCGAGGGCGAGACGAGCGCACGAACAGCAACGACCGAGCAGAAAGUGAACGACUUACGCGAAAUACAUCUAGAUCGAUUGGGCUACGAUAUGUUAACGAUCGCCCGGAAAGCUCAGAUGAGCACGCGAGAGCUUGGUGAUGAGACUGACGACGAAGACGACAACGUGAUACGAGCUCGUCAAGGCAUGCAGUACCGGUUCGUCAGAACAGGUCCGCUUGGCCCGGAGUAUGAGUCUGGAAGCCGGAUGGCUCUGGAGGGCGAGCGCUCCAUACAAGACCUUGAAUCCCGCUUCAAGAUGUUCGAAGCUGUACGCAACUAUCGCAAAGCUGAUGAGCAGACCCGGAUUCCUGCUGGCUUCACAGUGAUGAAUGACACAGCCCGUCGAGCAGCAACCGCACGUAAGGAAAGCAUCCAAAACACACAAGUCCUUGCAGAUGCCGCUACUGAGCAAGAGAGGCUUGACAACCUGCCUGUCAUCCCAGUCAUACCGAACGAGCAGGCACACGAUUUGCAAUUACUUGCCAAGCUUGCGACAAGGCCAGCAGUCCAGCCAUUUCCCCAGUCGUUUUGGUACAAUAAGCCGCCGCAGCACUCUCUAGGGCCUCCUUUCCAACCGCAGCGCAUGGGCCCACCGCAGACGCCCUUGCGGCCACCGAUCUCGUUUGACCAGCCCCAGUCUCAAACAUCACUGCGAGCUACAUUUGCACAUGAAGUUGCGGAGCGCACGCCCACUCGUCCAAGCGAGAGCCCGCGACACAAAGCGGAACCGUCUCGUGGUGACCUGGCUUUUCUGCUGUCUCUGCCAACAGGCACAUACCAAAAAGAGGAGCCAUCGCCGCGUGGCCCAGUCAAGCCGGCCGAGCCUGCAUUAUCCAGUCACGAAUCUGUUCCUCCUUCGCCCGGUGCGGGUUCAUUCCAACACACCACGGAAUCCGUGCAGCUCACUCCUAGUCGACUCGAUCGUGAGGAGGAGUCAUUACAGUCCAACACGAACAGUCGGGGAGACUUGAGCUCGGAGCAGUACCACCGUCCGUCGACCCUGGAUCGUUCUCCCAGAUUCACGCAGCCUGUAGAGCGCCCGGUCCAUCACUUCUCGUCGGGACCACUGAGUAUUGCUCGUGUCGACACAACCGAGACGAAGGACGAUGCGGGCACGGAAGUCCACUCCAAGGAGCAGAAACGAGAGGACCUGGCUCGGCAUCCAUCGCUGCCUCCCAAGCCGCCUGCUCCAGUCCGCGUGCCCUUUGAUCCGCCCAGUAUCCCUGGUGCAUCCGACUCCCGCAUCGGUCGGGAUCAAGCUGAAGUGUUGUCGCCUCGCAAAGCAAGCAUCGACGAACUACUACAAAGGCCGCGCUCACGAGCAUCAUCCGACGUCAGUCAGUCAACGACUACUGAAGCCACAGCAGACAGCAGCACUGUUGGCGAUGCCGAAAGGGGCCAGUCGAGAAAUCAAGGUUCAAAAGCCAUGCACAAGACCAGCAGGACAGACCGACUAGGCCUGUCAAGGAAGGCUUUCAAGCAAGGCAAGCAAAAUGCCGGACGUCGACGCAGCAACAACGCCGAGCCGCCAGAAGGGAAGCCUCAGAUCAUGCGUUUUCGUCUCAACGGUCCUCCAGAAACCUCGGCUCCUCCUCGACCAAACAUCACGAGCACCCCAACUGCUGCGCUGUCGCAAGUGGCUAACCACGAGCACUACCAUCCACUCUCCUAUGGCGGUUUCCCAAUCUUCCCAGGACAUACGAUACCGCCACCCCCAUCGUUACGUCGAGACCCGUAUCCUUACCCGGGUAGCUAUGAGUGGGGCGGGCACCAUCGAAGAAGCCUCCAAGGGCCUCUGCCGCCAGCGCCCGGCUAUGAACCAUCUCAUACUCCCCCAUAUGGUAUGCCUCCUGGGCUUCCGCCUAUGUUGCCGACAGGUGUGCCAAGCGGAGCAGGGGACUGGCAUCUUUUUGGUCAUCCGCCGUUUCGACAUGUCUCGCAGCCAUCAACACCGCACCAGGGUCAGCAUCCCGGCCCCGGACCGCUGGGACAGUUUGGUGGACCUGCCAUAGCACCGGCUAGUGAUCAUCGAUCAUCGUAUGGAUCAGGGCCUUCUGCGGGCAUUCCAGCGUUUGCUCAGCAGAAGAGGCAGGAAGAGGGAAGCUCAAGGAGGCGUGCGCAGAGCGACUAUGCUAAGCGUGAUUUCAAGCAUUAUGAUCCGACCACGAAGGCUCAGAAGCGCUGA